AUUUGAAGCAGCAUCGCACCGUCGCGGUACUGAUCAUGUAAAUUUGUGGCUGCUAAAAUCGCCAGCCUUUGCUCGAUGACGGGCACGGAGCCAUGAAUAAAAACGCAAGCCCACCUCGGAAGGCCUGCACCGCGGCUUCAGCGGCCUGUUAUGUCCUGACAGCCACUGCACUCGUCGGGUGCGCCUUACUGCUGCUCGCGCCUUUCGAGAGGCGGAAACGGGAGACUGAAUUCGUCCCGCGGUUUCUGGAAUCGUCUCCUCGUGUCGUCGUAGCAUCGAGCAGCCCGUUGGCAGAGCCAAGAAUUGAAUCUUGCUCCUACUAUACGUGCUUCGACGUCUACAGGUGUGGCCACAGGCACGAUCGCGCCACGGUGUACGUCUACCCGAUAUUCAAUUUCGUUGACGAACACGGGAAGGAACUGACUCACCAUGCCUCCCGAGAAUUCAUGGCACUCUUGGAAGCUGUCCAGCAGUCCAGAUUCUACACCUCUGAUCCUUCCAAGGCCUGCCUCUUCAUUCCUUCGCUGGACCUACUGAAUCAAGAUAGCCUCAACCUGAAUGCAGUUUCACAGAUAUUGAACUCUCUGCCACACUGGGACAAUGGCACCAACCACCUGCUCUUCAACAUGCUGCCCGGAAUGUUGCCGAGCUACGAGACGUCGCUCGAAGUCAACACUGCUCAAGCUAUGGUGGCGGGCGGCGGCUUCGAUUCGUGGACUUUCCGCAGGUCCCACGACAUCAGCAUUCCAGUUUUCAAUCCAGCCAUGUAUCAACUCGACCCAUCGCUUGCGAGAAGGUCAGACCGGCCAUGGUUGCUGAUAUCGGCCCAGCCGGGCAUUCACUUCGAAUUCCGCUCUGUGACGGCGUCGUUGGCCAAGACGCACCACGAUGUGUUGAAUCUCACCAGCUGUGGCCGUGCCUCGGGCGGCAACAGCAACAGUUUGCGUUGCCACGGCAACAGACACUACAAAUAUCCAGACAUCCUGACGGAGGGCAAAUUCUGCUUGGUCAUCCGAGCGGCCAGGCUCGGCCAGAUGGCGCUCUCCGAUUCGCUCUCUGCCGGCUGUAUUCCUGUCGUGGUCGCGGAUGAGUACGUGAUGCCUUUCUCGGAGGUGCUCGACUGGAAAAGAGCUGCUGUACGAAUUCGCGAAGAUGAACUGGAAGAUGUUUUUGGCAUUCUGAAGGACUUCUCUGAGGCCAGGAUUUCGGAGAUGAGGUCCCAGGUUUUGCUGUUUUGGGAGCGCUACUUCAGCAGCAUGGAACGAAUCGCCAUGACGACGCUGGAGAUCAUCAAUGACCGCCUGUUUCCGCAUGUUGCCAAGGGUUAUGAAGAUUGGAAUGAUUUGCCGCCUGGGCUUGUGCUGCCAGCCCCUUUCGCGAUUCCGUUUGUGGCCCCACGGAGUCGUGGAUUCACUGCCGUGGUGCUCACCUACGACCGGGUCAACAGCCUCUUCAAGGUCGUCCAGCAGCUGACCCAAGUGCCCAGCCUGGUCAAGGUCGUCGUGGUCUGGAACAACCAACGGAAGUCUCCACCGCCCGCGUCUGCCUGGCCAAAACUGAGCAAGCCACUGAAGGUGAUAAGGACAAAGGCCAAUAAGCUGAGCAACCGCUUCUACCCGUACAAGGACAUUGAGACAGAAGCUGUGCUCGCCAUCGAUGACGACAUCCUGAUGCUCACCUCAGACGAAUUGGAAUUCGGAUUUGAGGUCUGGAGGGAGUUCCCAGACCGAAUAGUUGGUUUCCCGUCUCGUGUUCAUCUAUGGGACAACACCUCUUCCCUCUGGAAGUACGAGUCGGAGUGGACAAAUGACAUUUCCAUGGUGCUUACUGGUGCAGCAUUUUACCACAAGCACUACAGCCACGAGUACUUCGACCGGCUUCCAGCCGACAUCCGGCGCUGGGUCGACGACCGGAUGAACUGCGAGGACAUCGCCAUGAACUUUCUCGUCGCCAACAUCACGGGCAAGGCCCCGAUCAAGGUCGCCCCCCGCAAGAAGUUCAAGUGCCCGGAGUGUGCCCGGCUCGACAACCUCUCUAACGACCUUCAGCACAUGGCGGCCCGCUCAGAGUGCGUCAACAUCUUCACGAAGGCCUUUGGCGGGAUGCCGUUGAAGACUGUAGAGUUUAGGGCUGAUCCCGUGCUCUUCAAGGACAACUUCCCCGAGAAGCUGAAAAGGUUCUCCAACUUGGGCAGCCUAUAAGGCAGUGUGUUAUGCCACUCUUACAAAAAUUUGUUUGGACCAUCUGUGGAGUGUCUACAGACACAUUUCAACGAAGUCUAUCGAGUUUAGGGCCGGUCCUGUGGGCUUCUAAGACAAUUUUUUUUAGAAGCGGACUACAGCCAGACCUUAUUGUAGCAAAGUCAUACGAAAAUGCCUUUGUUAUUCCAGAUAUUAUAUCAGAUUACAUCCCGAUAUUGGCAAGACACAUUUCAGAUAAGCUUUGUUAUAUACGAUAAUUUGUUUUAUCCAUGUUUGUUAUAUCGAGGUUCAGCUGUAUAGGGCAAUGUUCAAUGCCACUCCCUUACAAGAAUGUUUGGACAGUCUGUAGAAAACUAAAACAUUUUUUCUGCAAUGACUAUGGACUGACUAUAGAUAAUAGUCUAUCUACUUCUGGCCUUGUAGUUUGUUUUUCUGAAUAUUGUCAAUAGACUUUCAAUGCAGAACUCUAUGGACUGUCAGCAGGCCAAAGGAAACACACCUUGUGAAAACUUUUAUCUAUACAAACAUCAUAGAUGUUGCACAUAGGAAAGUGUUAUAAGUACAUGCGGAGGCAGGGCAGUCUACGAAAAAGUGGCAGCGUACAUGUAUAUAUAUAUAUAUAGCCCCUGCAAUAAACAAACAGAAUACUUGCCCAGAGGCGGGUCAAACAUGAAAGCAUAGCCAAACAAUCAAUGGUCUUUAUAACAAAUAAUUCAGCUCUUUAACCCUUUAUGACUAUGAUAGCCAUCUGGCAAUGAUGACCACACCUGUACGUAGCCUACAGACUGUCCAAAUUCACUUUUGUAAGAGUAGGCUUGUGAUUUUGGCGCAAGAGCUUACCUGUGACCGAACUCACCCUCCUGGAGGCUGCCAGUUGUCGACCGGCACAUUGCAGGUGCAUGGAAAACCACUACACUGGACAUCACGAGGCACCGUCUGUCACAAGAUCCACGAAAGCAACGGCUUAGGGGCUGUUGUACCCUGCAGUGCGGUUCUCCAACGAUGAUGAAACUGUUCAACUGGAGAUUGGAUUUCCUCUGACGGCAUGCGUGUCUCGUGUGGAUUCGGAGAGCAUUGUAAUGCACCGACACGGCAGAAGGAUUCCAACAGGUGAAAGGAGUGCCACAAAAAAAAAAAAAGGGAAAAUUUGCCCUCUCUUAUGUGGUAGUAGACUACUUCGAGGAAAAGUUAGCUUGCUUACUUGAACAGCAAACGUUGCAGUUGGGGUAGAAUUUGCCUGUGCGUGUGUGUGACAAUUUGAUGUGUUACAACUGUUCGGUUCUGAGGCAUAGGUGAUGUCAAAACUUCACCAAGCAGCUUCUGGCUCCAACACAUCAUGCAAAGCUGUGGCAUCUAAAGUGAAAAGCUACUACAGACCUUGUUAAACUGUUUACAUUAUGAUGUAGCGCUUCCAGAUGGACAGCUGCUGUUGGGAAAAAUUAAUAUGUGCAAGAGCACAGCAAGAACCAAGAAAUCCAGCUCUGUUCUUCGAACAGCAAACUUUGUAGUUGAGGUAAAGUUUGCCUGGGAAUCGAACACAGCUUAGACUGCUUCCAGUCAUUGCUUAAUUUGGUGUCACACUGCAACCACACCUAGCUAAUUCAGAUGGUGAAAGCAGCCUAUCCAGUCUGGCCGUGAUCUCGAGCUUGAUAGCUAGAACGGUGCACAUUUCUCCUCACCUGCAAAGUUUGUUUGCUGUUUAAGGAACUGAAUUGCAUUCAGCAGCACUUGGUUCUUCAUUCGAGAAACAUGUAGCUGAACACAGAGGCACGAAAGAUGACUAGUUUUAUUUUGCAGCUCACAACUAGUUUAUUUCGAAGUACGAGGCAACAUGUAGUGGCAGGACAAGCAUGUGCUUAUCUAACAGUAGCCUGUUAUCCAACAACGACAUCGUGAUUUGUUGGCAAAAAAAGAUUAAUUUGAUAAGAAAGUAGCAAUGCAGGCAUAUCACCGAUACAAGCAAUGCUUUGUCUCUUUAUGCGACAUGCUUCGAGCUACUUGUGGGCUGUCAUAUCUUUGCAUCUACCCAGUAUUUUUAUCUCAUGCGGUCCUGGUUCGCAUACACAUGCAUGUGCUGCCAGAUAGGCGCCAUCCUUGUUUUUAAGAGAACAUGGUGCUCUUAUGCAUGAUCAAUCUUGAGACUGGACUUGUGUUUGCCUCUUUUAAGCUACGUUUUUCUGCAACUGCUUGCCUUUGCAGUAACCUGUUAUAGUUAAUUGGUAAGCAAGUUGUCCUAAAAUGUGUGGCAUCGCGUGACCCGUUGCCUAAAGUAUUAUGCUUCAUGGCACGUGCAAUCACCUGUACAGUGUCAUCUAUUUCAGUGUGUAUGACUAGGAAUUUGUAGGAAUUCCAUCCCUGACUGAACUGGACAGCUGUAAAACCUUGAAAGCAAUCAUAGUUACAAAAGAACUGUCAUUCCUGUGAUAACCACCUGAUGCUAGUUAUCACUUCUAGCUUUGUGGAUUUGUGUGCGUGUGUGUCAUACUGCAUACAUUAAUUUUGUUCUCUUCUGUGAAACAGCUGUCAUCUUAACCGGUGAACAAGGCUUGGGGCAGCUCAUUGAACUCACUGGGCCAGUUCUAGCCUUCUUUUGUGUAGACAUCGAGUGGAAAGAAAAAAAUGUUUGGCAGCUUGUGCAUGUCGGACAGAUGAAAUCUGCUGGCUUUAGAAGGCCGUAAGCGAAAAGGCAUUAGCCGCCCCAGUGAGAAAACCAGAAAAGCAGCGAUAUUUUUUGUUGACUUGGCAGCUUUAUGAUCAAGUGCAAAUGCUACUGUGUUCUGUGGUUCACAGGCUUUGUGCGGGUUUCUGCGAGUUUGAAGUGGGCAGUAUACUUAAAAAAACCUUUUGCUGGUUCUUAAGUGUCAUUUGUUAUGACAGUUAAUUCACUGCACUUUACUUAUCUUGCCUAAUACAGUGAAAUGCCACUUGAAUACAUGAUGAAAUGAUGCAGGAGUGAAAAUAUUUUUUUAAGCUUUAUUGACUGAUGUGCACGUGACACUGUUUGAGUGUUUCAUCCAGCUGAAUCUGGCAUAGGUUUGACGUUACGAGCCUAACGGCAGUUUAGCAGGAGAUGUGAAAAUGGAUGUUUGGUCAUGGUUUAGCAGCAUACAUUUUAAAACAGUAUUGCAGUAUUCAUUGUAUGACUCAGUAUAAGAAAAGUGAUUUACCUGACCAUCAGUUCAGCUUUGCUUGACUUCUAAGGGCUUUCUUGUAGCCAUCGCUGUCACUAGUAAGUGCUUGUUUUGUAACUGGCACUUUGUAUUGUCUUUACAAUGUCAUUAUCAGCUUGCUAUUUGCUGCACUUAUUGCCACUACUUACUGCAUCAGCGCUGUCUGCUGAAUCGGCAAGCGUGCAGUGUUAUCUCGGCGCAGGAAUUCAUGUGAUUCCGACAGUUCAGUGCAUUUUUGUGGCGCAUCAGCUGCACCGAUAGGGCUUCACGCCAAACUGAAAGUGUCAUUUCAGUGCUUUAUCUUUUGUGUCGUUCAAGUCGUUGGCAGCAGAGUGGUAUAUCAUGCUAGGACUGCAUGCCUAGCAACUUGUCAACGCUUCUGGAUGAGGAAAAAAAAAAGUGGAGGUCACUUUCGGCAGUUUUUGUACGUGUUGCUGACCUGCUUUUGUCGUGUACUUUGGGAAGCCUUGCACAUCUUAGCCUUUAAUUACCUUUUAUGCAACAAAUUGUGUUCCGGAGUGUUUAAUUUGCAUUUGAAGAGAGGAGGUGCUCCAUAACCGCCCCUGCGAGUUUACUUCACAGAUACUCCGCGUUUAAUCUGGAUGAGUUCUCUCCUUCAAUCUUUUCCAGACUCUCAGACUUUACUGUAGUAUUCAGUGUUGCAUUUGGUGCUGGUUACUGCCGAACAGAAAGGCAACGUUUCUUCCACAGAUGUUGGUCAUUGCAAUCGAUGUGGACAAGGCAGGCAGGUAGUGUCAUGUUGCCUUUCAUAAUAAAGACUAAGGUGUGAUUCCUGAGCUAACACACAAAAUAUGCAAGCUCUGUAGGUGAACUGCCUGUUUAAAAGUGGUCCGUGUCUCAUUUUUAUACUGCAUACUCAUUCUGUUACCAAGGCUAAUCAUUCUUAGCUUACUAUCUGUUUCGUGCUUAGAGCUACAUUUCGUUAUCUCUAUGUGAUCUCUGCCAGUCGUUUUCUUUUUCAACCGUGCAACUCGCAGAAAUGCUCAUUAGCUUCAUAAUUUUGUAUGUUGCUUAGGCUUACGAGACACGUGCAUCACAAUUCCCAGCUGUGAGAGUCAAUUAGUCGCAGCCAUCUUGUCACAGCAUAUCAUGAUGGAGCAAAUGAGUUAUUUUUUUCCUAAGAUGAGCUAAUUAGGUACCAUAGAAAGUGUAGCAGACAUAAGGUAAUCUUCAAUUUUACACUGAAAUACAUAUCUUUGAACAAAUGACAAUUUUCCAACGUGAACAAAUGAGGCUAUUUUUUAAAAAAGCAUGGUGAACUCGUGGGUUACCUGAAAACGCUUGCUUAUGCUACUGAUAAGUGUGCCAUUAAUUAUGUGUGUUCAAAAGAAAGCAUUCCAUAACACUUUGAGAACUCCAUGGUGGUGAACUUCUACGCUAUUGUAUCUUAUCUCAAACGACCUUGAUUACUGUCUUAAAUAUUGUCAUUCUUGUAGGGACGUCAUUUUGCCUGCAAUGAAAUAACUCUGAACACUCGCAAUGUACCUUUUCUUCACAGCUUUCUGUGCCCAAAACACAUUUUGUGUUCUAGAAAAUAGUGAACAUAAUCUGAAUGUUAUGCUUUCUGCGUCAAAAUGUUAAUUUUUUUGAAUCUGAAGCUCACUAGAGUCAAGCAAUGUCAUUUGUUCUCCCUUGAGAGAGGCACCAAAUGGAAAUAUUAAGCCGAGCUAGAUUGAACGCUUCGGCUUCCAUAAUAAUGAAUUCAUCAUUCAUAGUGAGGAAAUAACAAAAAUUGAAAAUUAGAGUGGUGCCACCUAUUUUGGAGCAUGGUACUUCUCAUGUGAUGUCAGCAACGAAGUCUAUGUUGGCAACAAAAUCAUAUAUUGGCACACAAAAAACACUGAUAGACUCAUAGAUGAGUAAUCUAUUGAUCUAACUCAACUUAAUAGUUUCCUUUGGUCCCUCUUUAACUAGUGUUCUAUCAGCCAUUUAGAAACAUCUUUAUUUUAAGAUGUAAUGUGCAAUACAUACUUAAGAAAACCGUUGACUGAAUGUUGCAGGAAUUUCUUGAAGUGAACAUUUUUUCAGCGCUACACAAUGUUCCUUUCUUCGUGCAUUCCAUAUUGUGGAACAAAUUUUCUUUCCUCCUCUACCUUGCAUUUUUAUUACUAGUAAUACAUUUUUAUAGAUCUGUUAUACUAUAGCUACUCAAUUUCACUGCUUGUUGGUUGGCUUGUUUGUGAAGUAGAUAUUUUCUCUGUCAUAGUAAGUCGAACCAUGUUAUACGCAACACAAGGACACGUUCAUUAUAUCAAACAUUCAUUAUGAGCUUACAUGCAUUGCGUUAGCAAAAAAAAAAAGUCGCAAUUGGGUCUAUGUGAAACAAAACGUAGGCAGGAUGCCUGUGACAGGCUGAUCUCAAUGGCCCGUCAGUUUGCUGUACUGACAUGUGGUACACGAGUAACAAUAAAUUACAAAUGCCUUUUGCGCGCUUGUCGAGCAACUGUGCAAGCUAUAUGAUCACACAGGAUCGGCAAUUUGGCUUGCUGUCUACGGACCAGCCAAGCCAAGCCGCUGGCCAAGACAUGCGUGGGCGUCCAGAACGUUACGUUUUAAGUUGGGCUCAGUACUUGACAUUUUUGCCACCAGAAUACAUGUCUUGAGCUGCAAGCGAGCAAAUAUUUGGAUCGGUGUAACCAAUAUUGUUUCCAAUCACGCAUUUUCGUUACAGCAGUCAAAUACUCGUGGAUCUAAAGCAUGGCCUGCUAAAUUGUAGAUUUACUUCAAUAUAUCAGGUCAUUCGUGCUGUCCGUGUUCACUAUAACGAGGUUCGGCUGUAUCCCUUCUGCGUGCUGCGUGUCAUCUCGUUACCAGUCGCUGAGACUACACGCGUGUAUGAAUGAUGACAAAAUGAUGUCGCGAGUGUUAGCGUAGGUGUUGUUUUAGGAAACUUGCCCCACCGACACAUAUCACUGGUGCGUAUGUAAUACUACUUCUCAGCGCUGUGCAAUACGGUUGUUAUAAAGAACGGCAUCAACAAGAUGGUGCUUCCGGAUUGUCAACAGGCUUUGUGCACAAAGCAACCAAAGAAAGUGCUAUGAAGUUGUUAACAUGUUCACAAAUAAAAACAGAGCAUUCUUGUU